AUGGCGACAAAAAUUCGAUAUAACGUUCAUACUACGAACAAGUACUCUGUUUUUGAUAGUGAUAAUUCAGAAGAAGAGACUGAAAACAAAAAUUUAAAAGAAUCAACAAAAAAUGAAAAUAAUGAUAUGUAUGAAAAGAUCAUUGAUAAUAGCAACGAAAUUAAAAAGUCAAAUGAAUUAAAAAGUAACUCUCCAGUUAAUAAAGAAUAUAAUGCUAAGAAGCCAACAAAUCAACAUAAUGAUAGAUAUAAAUUCACAAUUCCUACAUUAAAUGAAGUAAAUGAAAACAGUUAUAGAAAUUAUCGUGAUAAUUUUCAUUCAAGAGGUAACAUAAGAAAUAAAUUUGCACGAAAGAGAGGUGGAGGUUAUAGUAAUGUACCAACAAGUGCUAUUGGAAAUAAUAAUUUUUAUAGAGGAUCUCGAAAUUAUGAUUAUAAAAUGAAUAUUGAUAGAAGGAAUUAUAAUAACGCAUAUAAUUAUAAUAAAUUUGAUUUUAGAGAAAAGAUGCAUAAUGAAUAUAAUGAAAAUAGUUGUAAGUAUGAUAAUAUAAAAAGAGAAAAUAUAUUAGAUUUAAAAAAUAAGAAUUGCGAUGAAAAUAUAAAGGCUACUAGAAAACACGAGUCAGUUACUAUUGAUUAUGAUCUAUAUAGAAGGCAGCAAGAAAAAAAGUUAAAUUCUAAUAAAACAGUUGAAAGUACUGAUAAAAAAAAAAAAAAAAAUGAAAUGAACAAUGAAAAAAGUAAUAAAAUAAGUAAUAACACAAAACGAAAUGAUAUAGAUGAGGAAAAUAAAACAGAUCAUCCAAAAAGGAAAGCAAUCAACGUUUAUCAAUAUAUUUUAGAAGAAGGGGGAAGGGUCGAUAGAAUUCCAGGGUUUCGUAGAAGUUUUAGAAAUUUUAGAAAAGGAGACGAAAAUAAUUGGCCCAAUAAAAAUGAAAAAACAAAAAUGCCAAUUGAUGAAAAAAUUUUUAAAAAAAGAGAUCCUCCUAAUAUAAAUGACACAAGAGCUUUUCCAUCUUUAACUAGUAAAUAA